UCGAUAGUAUUCUAAACACGUGUUAUUUUUUAAAAAUAUAUUUAAAGUCAUAUCAAUAUCAAUCAUUAUCAAUUUUUGUAAAAUUUAAAUUGUAAAAAUGGUUUCUAUUGAAGGUAUAUUGAAAAAAGCCUCAGACCAAGAGGAGAAAGCUCAACAAUUAGUUACUGUUGAUUCGAAACAAAUCGAUUUAACCUAUGACUUGGCACAUCUUGCUGCAUUUGAUCCGAAUAUAUUGGAUUUACAAUCUCUCAAGUCUGAAAAACGUGAAGAAUAUAUUAAAUCAUUAACCAGAGACAAUACACAACUUGUUUUGAACCAGAUUUGGAAUUUGGAGACAAAACGUGUUGAUAAUGUAAUAACUGCAGUGUUACCUAAACAAGCAGUCUAUAACCUACCGCGAACUAAACCAAUUCCUAAACCUAAACCUCCCACUAAAUGGGAACUUUUUGCUCGUUCUAAAGGUAUUACCAAAAAGAAAAAGGAACGAAUGGUUUGGGAUGAAGUUACCAAACAAUGGCGUCCACGUUUCGGUUAUCGUUCGAUUGCUCAACAAAAACAAGAAAAUGAAUGGAUGAUUGAAGUACCUGAUCAGGCAAAUCCUAACGAAGAUUAUUUCGCUAAACGAUCCGAAGAACGAAAUGAACGUGUUGCUAAGAAUGAAUUACAACGACUUCGAAAUAUCUCAAGAAAUCUAAAAUUACGAUUACCUGGAACAUCUGGUAUCCUACCAAAUCUUGACUCCAAUAACAAAACGGAUCAAUUGAUUAAUGCCAAAAAUUUGACCCAAAAAUCUAAUGCAUCUAUGGGUAAAUUUUUUAAAGUUGAUUCACCAAAAGAAUCAACACCGAGAAAGACUACCGGAGAGAAGAGAAAAUUCGAAUCAAAUUUCAAAUCCGAUCUACAAGAUGAAAAGCAAAAAAAUAUUGAAUUAAUGAACAAGGUUUUGGCCACACAGAAGCGUCAAUCUGCUGAUAGGAAUGCCAUGGAACAUCAAACAAAUAAAACAUUGAAACAGAUGAAUAAGCGAUUGAAUAUAGUUUCGCAACAAAAACGCACCAACACUGAUAAUGAGGAAAAUGGACCAAAAUCGAAUGCCAAAAAAGGACCUAAAGGAAACAAAACAAAUAAAGGAAUCAAAAAAGCCAGAUUGAAACAAAGUAAAAAAGUCGGCAAUCGAAAAAAGGGAAAAUAGAUACAAAAUCUCUUACAUGUCUUCUUUUCAAUUGAAUCUAUAUUUCUUAUUUUUCGAAUGUUCAUUAAUUUUCGAAUAAAAAGAGUGUGAUGAA